AUGUCCACCGCUAUUUGGCCACCCAUUGAGCCCGAUCAGCUUGCCCGCGAGCAAGCUGCUUCACAGGCUCGAGAGCUCGCGUGGCUCCUCGUCCAGCUGCGCGAAACACUGCAGGCACUGAAGGCUGGCCUGGAAGAAUGCGCUGCUCUCCUCGCGCCCUCUGAGAAUGGAUCCACACUGGUUCUGAGCUCGGUGCGAUCUGAGAGCCUCAAGGGCCUCAUCACUCGCGUUGGCACACGAGUCGUGAAAGGUAGUAUCAAGUUGCGCCUGUCAAGCCUCCCGCCGCCUCGAGGGUCCACCAGUUACGACCUCACCAUAUCUUCGUCGCCGCAAGCUCCCACUCUUGUCAUUCAGCAGCUGACCUCGGUCAGAACCCUGCUCAAUGCUUGCUUGGAUGUCAUCGACGUAACGACCUGGACCGGUGAUGCAACCAACGGCAACUUUGUUGCUGGUCAGUUGCGCCUGUUACACGAUAACAUACAAGAAGCACGGCAAGCGCUGAAAGGCUACUCGGACGUGCAGCUACCAUGGUGGGAAAGCCCAAUUGACGAGAAGACCUUCGAUCCGCCUCUGCCUCCGACUGUUUCUUUCCACCUUUUCGUCUUCGAUGCCGCCCUUCUCCUUGAAAUCCGAACCCUCGAAGUCCAGACUCCAGGCGAGGAAUUUCACUCAGGGUUUAGUAUCAGAGACCGGCUGGCCGUGGCCUUGGGCGGUACACGCCCUCCAGUGCACGACGAAGCCGACCGCACAUUUAUGUAUCGGGGACAAGAGGUGCGGGUCAAGGAGAAGAUUCGAGUUGAGAGCCAGGAUCCAGCACUAAUUUCAGCCAUGGCCAAACUGAAUGCUCUCGAACACAGCGUGACGCUCAGUCGCAAAGCGCUCAACAUUGUAAUGGAUCGCGAUGAAUAG